GCCGGCGGUGGGAAAGAUGGCGGCGGCUGUGAGACCCUCCUGGUGGCGGCGGUGGCGGCUGCGCGCGUGGGCUCGGGACGGGGCCAGGCUAUUGCUCCUUCUCCUUUUGUUGGGGUCUGUGCAGGGGCCGUGGCACGUCAGGGCGGGCCAAGCGGUGGAGUACUUGAAACGGGAGCACUCGCUGUCGAAGCCCUACCAGGGUGUGGGAACAAGCAGUUCUUCGCUGUGGAACCUGAUGGGCAAUGCCAUGGUGAUGACCCAGUAUAUCCGCCUCACUCCAGAUAUGCAAAGUAAACAGGGUGCCUUGUGGAAUCGGGUGCCAUGUUUCCUGAAAGACUGGGAACUGCAGGUGCACUUCAAGAUCCACGGACAAGGGAAGAAGAAUCUGCACGGAGAUGGCUUGGCAAUCUGGUACACAAAGGAUCGAAUGCAGCCAGGGCCUGUGUUUGGAAACAUGGACAAAUUUGUGGGGCUGGGAGUGUUUGUAGACACCUAUCCCAAUGAGGAGAAGCAGCAAGAGCGGGUAUUCCCCUACAUCUCCGCCAUGGUGAACAAUGGCUCCCUCAGCUAUGAUCAUGAGCGGGAUGGGCGGCCCACAGAGCUUGGGGGCUGCACAGCCAUUGUCCGCAAUCUUCGUUAUGACACCUUCCUCGUGAUUCGCUAUGUCAAGAGACACCUGACGAUAAUGAUGGACAUUGAUGGCAAACAUGAGUGGAGGGACUGCAUUGAGAUGCCUGGGGUCCGGCUCCCCCGGGGCUAUUACUUCGGCACUUCCUCCAUCACCGGGGAUCUCUCUGAUAAUCAUGAUGUCAUUUCCCUCAAGUUGUUUGAGCUGACGGGGGUGAGGACCCCAGAAGAAGAAAAGCUACAUCGAGAUGUAUUCCUGCCCUCAGUGGACAAUCUGAAGCUGCCUGAGAUGACGGUACCACCAGCACCCCUGAGUGGCCUGGCCCUCUUUCUUAUCGUCUUUUUCUCGCUGGUGUUUUCUGUGUUUGCCAUUGUCAUUGGUAUCAUACUCUACAACAAAUGGCAGGACCAGAGUCGAAAACGCUUCUACUGAGCCUGCUGCCAUCAGCCCCUCUAUGAUGUUCACCCAUGAGGUGUGGGUCUGAGCAUACAGCCUGGCAAGUCUGCUUGAGUCGCCAGUUGUUCAGGGACUGUGUUCCAUCACUGGGGCUUUGAAUGCACUGACCCUGCAUUCUCAUGGUCAUCCAUGGGAUCAUCUCACUGGCCCCAGAUGCCACUCACAGGCCCGAGCAGCUGUGAUGUGCCUUCCCUGCAGUCCUUAAACUUAGGAGUGAAGAGACAUGGAAAAAAAAAUAUAUUGUGAUGCUUAAAUUACAAAAAUCGGAUAGCUACCCUAAGGAUAGACUGGAUGCAGCAGGCCUUCUACUUCUUUUAAAUUUCCAAAUAGAAAACCAGAACUCAUAUAACCUGGAAACCCACUUACUAGUUUUUGCUUCUGCCCAUGGCUCUUUCUACUUGAGCUUCUUGGCAAUCGGGAUGGAGACGUCUGCCACACUUGCACCUGCCUCUCUGUGUCCCUUCACUUGUCCUCCGUGUGGCCAUCCUGAGCUAGGAAAGAAGUCUGCUGCUCCCGUUAGGUGGCCCUAGGACUUUCUGCAUUAGCUCCUUGCUUCAGCCUCUGGUCUGCGCUGGGUGGAUCUUGCUCCAUUCCUGUCUGUCCCUGCAUCUUCAGCUUUCCUAAUUGGAGCUCUCCAGGCCUUUGGAUCAUUUGGCUAGAAGUUGUUACAAAUGAAGUGAAGCUUAGACACCGUCACAGUCACAGAUGCCGUGAGAUUAGCUGUGACAUCAUCCAGGCCCAGGUGUGCCACAGAAAGCUGCAUUCGUCUCCUCUGACCACACGGAGGUGUUUCUGGACCCACUGGAGCCUGCUUAGCUGCAUGUUUUGUUUCUCAUGAUUCUUAGGAUCCUGCUUGGAGGAUUUGAAGUGGAAAGCAGCUUCUUAUUCCCUGGACUUAGAUAUGACCCCAAGAGGAGAUUUGACUUCUUAAUGAGGAGCAACAGUUGCUGAUUUCAUGUAACAAAUCUCUGAGAGCAAAAGACCUUCGAUCUCUGUCUGGCAAAGUCCUGAUCACUGAGCAGCACAGCUUGAGUGUGGUCCUAUGUGUGUGUCACCCCGAUUACACUGCCUUAUUCUACAAAUGUUACAUGCUGCUCACCCAUCUGCCCUGUGAUUAAAUUGGUUACAGGCUAGUCUCCUUGGAGGGCCUGAAACUGAGUUUUCUGGGUCUUUGAAGCCCAAGGAAAAUUCUUAAAGUGACUGAUGGAACCAAUCAUGA